CCUGGCCAGGCAGAGGACCCUUGAGGAUGAAGAAGAGCAGCAAAGAGAGCGCCGGCGAAGGCACCGGAGCCUGCUGUCCUCCACAUCAAUGGAUGAAGAACUUCCUAGCCCUGCGAAAGACACCGGUCCAGCUUCCAGCAGACCUCAAUCCCUGGUGAAGCCAGUGUCUCCAGAGGACAAAGAGGAGCGUAAGCUCUCGGAGGUGCUGAAGACACAAGAAGGGAGACGGACAAGGUCCCUGAUGUCUGUCUCUGAAAAGUUGAGGCAGGAGAAGGAGCAGCAGGAGCCAGGGGUGGGAGCGAGCCGUGGGGAGGCAGGGACGCAACCGCAUGUGGGGCAGGAGAGCAUCCAGGCUGGAGAGCGGGAUCAGAACGCAUCCAAGGGCAGAGGGGACUCACCAGGAGACCGGCACCCAGAGCCAGCCUUGGAGCAGAAGGUGGUGGUGAGGGGACGUCUCCAGAGCAAAGAGGGACAAGGUGUGGGGAUGCCUCAGGGGGAGCAAAGGAAGGAGAUGGGGGAGCCACAGCAGCGGGCAUCGCCAGAGCUGGGGGGCUGCCGACUCCGCGAAGUGAAGAUCCUGACCAGACAGGGAAGGCGCAGCACAGAGGAGAAGACAGCCUCAGUGGUGACCUUGUCUCUGGACCAGCAGCAACCAUCCAGAAAUCCCUCAAAGGAUGUAAUACAGCAGUCUCCCACCCAAGAUGAACCUGCAGAAAAGUCAGAUACGUCUCCAACUUACGUCACCUACAGCAGCUCCAUCAGACGAACCAGCCCAAGAACUGUCUCUUUUCGGGUGAUCUCAAGAAAACAGAAAGAAGAAAGCCAAAGUCCUCUCACAAGGAGCGCGAGUCUGAGGAUCCCAGGUAGCAGCACCACCAUUGGGGAGAAGCUGGAAAAGUACACCUCGGCUGUGCAGCGCUCGGAGGUGGUGAAAUCGUCCCUGACUAUUCAGAAGAGCCUCUUGCUGUCCUCGGAGGGGGUGGCCAGCAAGCGCAACUUCUUCGAGGCAAGUGCUCCCAGCAAGGCUGAGCCGCUGGCUGUCAGGAAGGACAACCUGAAGAUCCCGGGAUCGGUGACAUCCCGCAUUAAUCUGUGGAUCAGCCGAGCUCAGGAGCCUGCCAAAGAGGAAAAGAACAAGGACACCAGGAAAAUAAACAGCCUGCGAGACCGUGAUGUCUGGGUGAAGCAGCCUGGAGACACCCCUGGGGACACCAAGGUAGACAUGGAGCUGCUUUGA